UUAUAAUUAUUUUAUUUUCCAUGAAAAAAGCAAAAACAUUGGGUUUGGAGAUGGAGGAAGAACAAGCUCUCUUCUUCUUCGUUCUCUCUACUCGCAGUUUCUCACUCUCCAGAGUCAAACGCUCUCUUCCAAGCUCUAGAUCGAUCUCUCUCACUCGUUGAAUCAUCAUUGACUUCCAUCUCCCCUCUAAUUUUUGCUGGCAUUUCUCCCAAUGAAGGAAGCAUGUUUUGUGGUUUAGAGCUAAAGCCCAUAUCGUCUUUGAGAAAUUUCUUCGUCACAUUUGAUUGUGUAAUCCCUUGGAACCAGCCAUGAAUAACUUGACUGUCGAAACAGAAGAUGUCUUUUCCAGCUUGCUCGAGCUUGCUGCUAAUGAUGACAUUGAUGCCUUCAAGAGAUCGAUUGAGCGCGACCCUUCUGGUAUUGAUGAAAUUGGUUUAUGGUAUGGCCGCUUACGUGGUUCGAAACAAAUGACUAAUGAGCAGAGAACUCCUUUAAUGGUUGCUGCUACUUAUGGUAGCACUGAGGUUCUGAAGCUUAUUCUUUCUCUUUCUUGUGCUGAUGUUAACCGCGCCGUUGGUCUUGACAGAAGCACUGCCCUUCAUUGUGCAGCCUCAGGUGGGGCUGCAAAUGCUGUAGAUAUUGUGAAGCGGCUCUUAGCUGCUGGUGCUGAUCCUAAUAUGGUUGAUGGGAAUGGACAUCGACCUGUCGAUGUGAUUGUUGCCCCUUUAAGGCAUGGCGAGGUUAAAUCAACCCUUACAGAACUUCUUAAGACAAAUGGUUUGUCUGGUGAAGGAAAUCUUGAUGUUUUAACAGGUGCUAGAAAUUCGCAUUCUACUCGCCCUUCGUCUCCUCUGAAUGUUCCCUCAUCAGCAUCGGAAUUAGUUUCUUCUCCAACAAAGUCGAAACUAAGUGAUUUUCCAAUGUAUUCUGUAUCUGAGAAGAAAGAAUACCCUGUUGAUCUUUCUCUUCCAGACAUCAAGAAUAGUAUCUACUCAACUGAUGAAUUCCGAAUGUAUUCGUUCAAGGUUCGGCCCUGCUCACGUGCUUACUCUCAUGAUUGGACUGAGUGCCCCUUUGUUCACCCUGGAGAAAAUGCCAGAAGGAGGGAUCCAAGAAAGUUUCAUUAUAGCUGUGUACCCUGUCCUGAUUUUCGGAAGGGCGCUUGCAGACGAGGAGAUAUGUGUGAGUAUGCUCAUGGGGUGUUUGAGUGUUGGCUGCACCCAGCACAAUAUCGAACCCGCCUUUGCAAAGAUGGCACAAAUUGCUCAAGAAGAGUGUGCUUUUUUGCACACACCACCGAUGAACUGCGCCCUCUGUAUGUUUCGACUGGGUCUGCUGUUCCAUCACCGCGCUCUUGUACUUCUGGGGCUUCUGCCAUGGAUUAUACUACAGUCAUGAAUCUUCUACCUGGUUCUCCAUCUUCGGUCCCUGUGAUGUCUCCAUCACCGUUCACUCCUCCGAUGUCACCAUCUGCCAAUGGCAUGUCUCACUCGUCUGUGGCUUGGCCCCAACCGAAUGUACCUGCCUUGCAUCUUCCAGGAAGCAAUAUUCAAUCCAGCCGCCUAAGAUCAUCUUUGAGUGCUAGAGACAUGCCUGUAGAGGACUUUGAUUAUCUGAGUGAUUUUGAUAUGCAACAACAGCAGCUCCUUAACGACUUGAAUUGUCUUUCUCAACCACCGUUAAGUUCAAAUUCAUUGAACCGUUCUGGUCGGCUGAAAACUAUGACUCCUUCGAAUCUCGACGAUCUAUUCUCUGCGGAGAGUUCGUCUCCCAGAUACUCUGAUCAAGCUCUGGCUUCAGCUGUUUUCUCCCCUACACACAAAUCAGCAGUUAUCAAUCAAUUUCAGCAGCAACAGAAUAUGUUGUCACCAAUCAAUACAAAUUUCUCUCCUAAAAAUGUUGAUCAUCCUCUAUUGCAGGCUUCUUUUGGUGUUCCAUCAUCUGGGAGGAUGUCCCCACGAAAUCUGGAACCCAUCUCUCCAGUGGGCUCUCGCUUGUCCAUGUUAGCUCAAAGAGAGAAACAGCAACAGUUUCGCAGCCUCAGCUCACGUGAACUUGGUGCCAAUUCUGCUUCUAUUGUUGGUUCUCCUGCAAAUUCUUGGUCCAAAUGGGGACCUUCAAAUGGAAGACCUGAUUGGGCAGUCAAUCCAGAUGAAAUAGGUAAACUUCGGCGAUCAUCGUCAUUUGAGCUUGGGAACAAUGGAGAAGAGCCGGAUUUAUCAUGGGUUCAAUCACUUGUGAAAGAAUCUCCAACCGAGAUAAAAGAAAAGCAGGCUCAUCCCAAUUUGGGUGGCGAUAGUUUUGUAUCUUCUGGUGAGAGUUCUAACAUGAACUCACAAAUGGAGUCGGUCGAUCAUGCUGCAUUAGGAGCAUGGCUGGAACAAAUGCAGCUCGAUCAUCUCGUCGCGCAACAGAACUGAAGUUGUUUCGAUGGAGGUAGUUAACUACAGUUAUAUUUUGGUAUAUAACAUGCCUUUUUUUAGAUUUUUGUUGUUGGGCAUGGGAAGAAAAGAUCCAUAGUAACAAGGCAAAGGGGGGGAGUUAGCGUAGCCCUCACUUGAAGGAGAUGAUUCAUUUUCACCAUUUUUAGUACAACAAAAUGUUAAGUCAGGAAGGGGAGAAAACCUAUUAGUUGUUAAUGUCGAAAAAUUUAGAACCCAGGUUAGGUUUUAUUCUUUUGCUUUCAAUAUUUUGAAAAAAAAUUUAGAUCUACAAGGUUGCCAUUUUUUCUCUCUCAAAAGCCCUUGUUGUGAGGAGCAUCAUGUUUAAUUGUAAUGAACAUCCUAUCACAUUCACAUCUUAAUUCAUCACUUCGUUCGUUUACUAAACCAAGCAAUUCCCACUUCUUUAGUCGUCUCCCAUUUUCUUAUCCAUCAAAUCUACGAACUCUGUCAAUAACUCAAUGAAAAAGCUUGUGGAUUGAUUGGAAACUUGUUUGGGGAAAGAACUUGAUUCCAAAUAGUGGGGAUUUUUUUGGCCCUCCUUUUAUGUGAAGAUAAGAACAUGGAUUCUUUUGUAGAUUAUCCCAAUGGAAUGAUUAGGUUAAUGGGAAUUUUAGGGUAAUUUUCUAAUGGUCAAGUCAUUAUCAGUUGAUGUUGAUUUGUUUGAAGGAUCGGUUCUUGGAUACUUGUUAUUUUAAUAAUCUCCAGAGAUAAUAUUCAUGUGCCCAAAUCUUUCUAUAAUCUUCUGGAAAUAGAUGCCUUUUUUGUUCUCUUUU